CAUCCCCAAAUCUGGCGGAACAUACACCUAUCUACAUGAGAUUUUUGGACCAUGGGUGGCUUUUGUCAGGAUCUGGCAGAAUUUCAUUAUUGGAGGACCUUGUGCAACGGCUGUUGUGUCGAUAACUGCUGCACAGUAUAUGCUGUACCCUUUCUUUACUCCCUGUCCGGCACCGUACUUGGCUGUUCGUCUUGUUGCGGCUCUAUGCCUAGGUCUGGUGGGAUUUGCAAACUGCUACAGUGUCCGCUUGGCGGCGCAACUGAACAACGUUUUGACGUUUCUGAAGGUUGGAGCACUUGGGAUUAUCAUAGUCUUCGGUGGAAUUCAGCUUGCUAAAGGAAACACAGUCAACUUUGAGCCAGACAACGUGUUUGACGGGACCACAUCUAACGUUGGUGACGCCAUGGUGUCAUUUUAUUCUGCGCUUUGGGCUUACAGCGGAUGGCAGACCCUCAACACUAUGACCGAGGAACUAAAAGACCCAACAAGAAACCUUGUACAGAGUAUCGCUAUCUCCAUGCCUCUGGUGACAGUCAUCUUUGUGCUGACGAACAUCGCUUACUUCACUGCGAUGACUCCUGCGGAAAUGCUCGCAUCAGAUGCUGUCGCAGUGACGUUCGCCGACCGUCUACUCGGUACUAUGAGUUGGGUCAUACCAGUGGCGGUGGCUGUUUCUACAUUUGCGACUCUACUGACCAACACUCUCGCAUUCUCAAGACCCUGGAUGGUAGCAGCUAGGGAAGGAACUCUACCAAGAAUCCUGUCAAUGAUUCAAGUUGAUAGGCUCACGCCAGCUCCUGCAGUCAUACUACGGGUAUUGUUCAGUCUCCUGAUGCUGAUCCCAGAUGACGUGUACAAGGUUCUGAACCUGAUGGGGUUCCUCAGCUGGCUCGGUCUCGCCGUAACAGUAAGCGGUAUGGUGUGGUGGAGGUACAAGAAACCGGACCUACCCAGGCCUAUCAAGCUCAACCUGGCCAUCCCUGUACUGUUCGUCCUCCUGAGCCUGUUUAUGGUGGGGGUGUCGUUCGUGUCGGCGCCGGUAGAGUGCGCCAGUGGACUGGCCAUCCUAGCGAGCGCCUUACCGGUAUACGCCGUCUUCGUUCAUUGGGAAAACAAGCCUACCUGGUUUCUGUCGUUUGAAGGUUAG